AAUGGAUUGAAAUGUCACAUCGGUCACUGGGGAGUCUGAGAAAAACAGCAUGAACAAGUUUCAGGGGAGAACUUUUGAGGACCAGCAAGGAACAAGUCGUGCCAGUAUGAAAAGAGGGCUUUCGGUGGCCAAAUGAUGCGCAGGAUGCCCUGACGUCAAUUUUGAAGACACUUCAGAUCAAGAUCGAUCUUCACUCGUUACUGAAUUCAACCGUUUAAUGAACACAGGUGUCCUGGAGGAAUUCGCUUGUCAAAUACAGCUCUCCUGGGCGAUCAAGAUCAAGAAGAGGCUGAAGCCCGUGACUCCGUUUCUGGGGAAAUUUCGGCCCGUGGUGGGGCAGUGCUGCCACCAGUGCACCCCCAAGAGCCUGGGCUGGAAGCUGCUGAAGACCUCUCCCUCUCUGGGCUUCCAGAACCUUCUGGCCGUCAACGAGACGCACACCAGGUACCGGGGGUGGCUGGUCCGGAGAGUGUGCUGCGUUCUGUUCGUGGGGGGGUGCCGGGUGUACCCCAGCCCCGCUUCCGGCCGAGCGGACCGAGUCUGGGCCAGCAGGAGGGUGCAGAACGCGCUAACCCUUUCGGACGGCGUGUCUGAGCAGAACGGCCGGCAGCUCCUCAGGCUGACCACCAGGGGGCGGGCUGCGCACAUCCUCCCCAUCGUCGACACCUGCAUCUCACCGCUGCUCCUCCGGGUGACCAGUUGGUUGUUGCUGAAGCUUCUCAGUUCUGUGUUCUGCAGUGUGCAGGUCAAUCUCUCCCAGCUGACCGCCCUUCACAAAGCCUCAGAGAUGGAGGCCCCCCUGGUGUUUGUGUCCGUGCCGCAGUGUGGUCUGGACUACGCGCUGGUCCCUCUGGCGCUCCUGUGUCACAACCUGAGGGUCCCCUACACAGUCUGCCCCCUGUGGAUGGCUAACACCUGGCUGAGGUCUGUCCUUCGGAGACUCGGUGUGAUACUGCUCCCCGCUCCUUCAGCCGCAGAGCAGGACGCUGAGAGGGACAGCCUCCACGGACCCGUCAUGACCUCUUUGGUGGGCGAGCUCUUGCGGGACGGGCAGAGCGUGAGCGUUACUCUCUCUCCCGGAAGCGGGCGAGGCGGGCAGUGGCUGGCGCGCGUUUGGGAGGCGGUGCGGGACGGCGCGGUGCCGGACGUCAGCCUGGUCCCCGUGAGCGUCGCGUACGACCGCCCCCCCGACCCAGGCGCCCCCGGACAGGGGAGUGUCCUGUCCUUGCUGAGGUACGUGGUGUCGAUGCUGAGGGGCGGGCAGAGAGGAAGCAUAAGGAUCCAUUUUGCGCAGGCCUUCUCUCUAAAGGAGAUGUUUGAGACAGGGAGGUGUCGUGUGGACGGAGGGCGCCCCCUGCAGGAACUGCUGCUCCCUGCAAUAUUCAAAAACAGGUCUGCUGCCGUAUUUGGGCAGAAGUCUGUGUCCUGGGUCCUGCCCCCCUCCUGCUGCCCCGACCUGCCCCUAGCAGAGAGGCAGUUCUGCAUCGCCCUCAUUGAGCACCUGCUGCACUCCGCUGCUUCCUGCACAGCCGUGAUGUCCACCGGCCUGGUUUCCGGCCUCCUGUUGCACAAGCAUCGCAGGGGGGUGCGCCUGUCGCAGCUCUGCCGGGACGCCUCUUGGCUCCUGGAGGAGGUCCUGUUCCGGAACCGGGACGUGGGUUUCGGGGGGUCCCUGUGGGCGGUGGUGUACCACGCCCUGUCCCUGCUGCGGCCCAGCCUGGCCAUGGCGCGGCUGCCCCCCGGGGGGGACCCCGUCCUGGCCCCCCGCCUCUCUCCCGCGGCCGUGCUCCGCUUGGCCCGCCACUGCGACGUCCUCACCCACGUCUUCAUCCUGGAGGCCGUCGGAGCAUGUGCCGUGUCAGCCAUGCUGAGUGAGGUGGCCCGCUGUGGAGGAGGAGGAGGGGGAGCAGGAGCAGGAGGAGGUGGAGGAGGAGGAGGUGGGGGAGAGAUGGAGUUUGAUGUGGCUCUGGGCCAGGAGGAGCUGACUGAGAAAGCUCUGCAGCUCUGCUACUUACUCCCCUUAGGACACCGUGCUCCAUGUCAGUCUCCUCUCAGCUUUGCUUUGGAUGCGGUGGACAGUCUGGUGCGCUGUGGUAUUCUGGUUAUGGAAGAGCUGCCCAGGGACCGCCCUGUGUGUGACUUUCUGAGGAAACAAGGCACUCUCACGUGGAGCACGAUGGAUGACCAGGACCACAGCGACUCCGACUGCGAGGACCAGGAAACGCGCUGCUACAAGCUCAGCCAGCCCAGCCAGUGCCCGGACCUGCUCUUCUUCCUGUGCAGUCUGCUCAGCGUCCAGCUGAGGGCGCUCUCCUGGGCCAUCGACGCUCUGCCGAGCAUCCACACCCCUCUUCCAGAGCCUGAGUGUGUGGCAGAGCUGCACGCCCGCCUGUGUGACAGAGCCAGACAGGACGGACGACGUUUCGAGAGCUCGGCGGCAGCCGUGGCGAGGGAGGCCGUCCGCACGCUGACCGAUCUGGGGGCGCUGGAGGAGGUGGUGGAGAUCGACGGCGUAUACCUUGGGAUCGGUCCCCUCUUCCAGCAGGCCGAGAGCAGGGAGAAGCUGCACAAGUUCAUCUGCCAGUUCCUCUGCACUUAGCCUGUCGCCAACGCCAUCUAGCUUCCCCGUGUAAUUAGGCUAAUCCGCUGCGUAAAAAGGACAUGUUCCCGAGCUUAAAAUACACAAGCGCUGCCGCCCUUCUGUUUUAACUUGCGCAGCCCGUGUUUAAUAAUAGUGUGAUGACUCAGUGCCCAGUCUUUCCCCAGGAGCUGGGGCCAGUUUGCGCGUUAUGGGGUGCCAGCUGUGUUGGCGUACGAAGUGUUAAGCAG